CGUAGGUGAAGCUCAGUGCUUGGCACGAGCUGACAUCAGCAGCGUCGCCCUGUCUUUGGGCUGGCCUGUUAGUAGUUAGUUUUCAGUGGAAUCGAAUACAACACUUGAGGCUCAGAGGCUCACGUCGUUGGAGCAAUUACCCGGGCCGGGGCACGGCGGGGCAGCGGCGCAGGGCUAGGCCGGCCGGGCUGGGCGGUGCGAGUCGGGGGCGGGGCGGCGGCGCAGCGUCGCCGUCGUCGUCCCCGCCUCUUCCCGAGGGGCAGCGUCGGAGCCUCGGAGGCGGUGGAGCUUACGGCCUGAGGAGAGCGUCUCGCUCGGGAGCGGCGGCGGCCAUCGAGACCCACCCAAAGGCGCGACCCCACCCCGGCCUCCCAGCGCUCCCAGGCCUCAGCGGCCGCGCCCCUUCAGCUAGCUCGCUCGCUCGCUCUCCUUCCCUGCUGCCCGCUGCGCCAUGGCGUUGGCGUUGGCGGCGCUAGCGGCGGUCGAGCCGGCCUGCGGCAGCAGGUACCAGCAGGUAAGCGGCGCCCGACUCCCGCCCCCAACCCCCAGCCCCGGACUCCGGCCCCCGGCUCUGCCCUUUCCGCUGGCCGCCUCAGGCCUCUCUGGCCCGCCCGCGGCCAACUCGACGCCGGGGCUUGGCAGGCCGCGCUGGGCCUGGACGGGCGGGUCGGGCCCCGGGCUCGGAUUCGCAGCCGCCGCGGGCCCGGCUCCUCACAGCGAGAUGCUAUUGCUCAGGGUUUCGGAGCCUAGUUUGUCGAAACCCAUCCCCCUCGCCUCCGUUUUAAGACAAAGUCAGAAUAUGAAGCGAGAGACAAGCCCGCAGUUUGCGGUAGAUUUGGAAGAGGCGAUGUUUGGCUGUGGUGAUGCCCCAAAAGGGAGAGCUACGAAUUCUGCAGCAUAUUUUGACUACAAGGAUGAGUCUGGGUUUCCAAAGCCCCCAUCUUACAAUGUGGCUACAACACUGCCCAGUUAUGAUGAAGCCGAGAGGACCAAGGCUGAAGCUACUAUCCCUUUGGUUCCUGGAAGAGAUGAGGAUUUUGUGGGUCGGGAUGAUUUUGAUGAUGCUGAUCAGCUGAGGAUAGGAAACGAUGGGAUUUUCAUGUUAACUUUUUUCAUGGCAUUCCUCUUUAACUGGAUUGGGUUUUUCCUGUCUUUUUGCCUGACCACUUCAGCUGCAGGAAGGUAUGGGGCCAUUUCAGGAUUUGGUCUCUCUCUAAUUAAAUGGAUCCUGAUUGUCAGGUUUUCUACCUAUUUUCCUGGAUAUUUUGAUGGUCAGUACUGGCUCUGGUGGGUGUUCCUGGUUUUAGGUUUUCUCCUGUUUCUCAGAGGAUUUAUCAAUUAUGCAAAAGUUCGGAAGAUGCCAGAAACGUUAUCAAACCUCCCCAGGACCAGAGUUCUCUUUAUUUAUUAAAGAUGUUUUCUGGCAAAGGCCUUCCUGCAUUUAUGAAUUCUCUCUCAAGAAGCAAGAGAGCACCUGCAGGAAGUGAAUGAAUCAAGAUGCAGAACAGAGGAAGAAUCACCUGCUUUAAAAAAAUAAAGUACUGUUGAAAAGAUCAUUUCUCUCUAUUUGUUCCUAGGUGUAAAAUUUUAAUAGUUAAUGCAGAAUUCUGUAAUCAUUGAAUCAUUAGUGGUUAAUGUUUGAAAAAGCUCUUGCAAUCAAGUCUGUGAUGUAUUAAUAAUGCCUUAUAUAUUGUUUGUAGUCAUUUUAAGUAGCAUGAGCCAUGUCCCUGUAGUCAGUAGGGGGCAGUCUUGCUUUAUUCAUCCUCCAUCUCAAAAUGAACUUGGAAUUAAAUAUUUUAUUGUAAGAUAUGUAUAAUGCUGGCCAUUUCAAAGGGAUUUUCUCAAAAGUUAAACUUUUGUUUUAACUAUUUGCUGUUCCAGUUAAUCUAGAAAUUUAUUCCAUUGUACUGUGUGAACACCUGGAAGCAAAAUCAUAGUGCAAAAAUACAUUUAAGGUGUGGUCAAAAUAUGUCUUUAAUUGGUAAAUAAUAAGCAUUAAUUUUUUAUAGCCUGUAUCCACAAUUUUGCAAUACCUUAUUGUACCUGAGGGAUUCUAAAGGUGUUGUCACUAUAUAAAAUAGAAAGGACUAGGAUAUAAAUGAAGCUUAAUUACUAAAAUGUCAUUCUUGGCACUCUUUCUAUAAUUAGAGUCCCCCGCCCCCACCCCCCUUUUUUUUCCUUUUGUCUCCUGAUGAUUAGUCCAAAGGCUGGGAGUAAGGAGAGGAUUAGGUACUUAGGAGCAAAGAAAGAAUUAGCUUGGAACUUUUGAGAUGAUCCCUAACAAACUGUACUACUUGCUUUUACAAUGUGUUAGCAGAAACCAGUGGGUUAUAAUGUAGAAUGAUGUGCUUUCUGCCCAAGUGGUAAUUCACCUUGGUUUGCUAUGUUAAAACUGUAAAUACAACAGAACAUUAAUAAAUAUCUCUUGUGUAGCACCUUUUACUGUA